AUGGAAGAAUUGUCAAUAAACCAACAGGUUUUUGUUAAAGAUGACCCAGGGAUUAUACGGUUUAUUGGACAAACUCAAUUCGCUUCAGGAAAAUGGAUUGGAGUUGAGCUUCAACGUGCCAACGGGAAGAAUGAUGGAUCAGUGAACGAUAUACGAUAUUUCGAAUGUGAAAAAAAGGAUGGAAACUACGGGGUAUUUGUUAGGCAGUCAUUAAUAAGUUCGAGCUCGUUGCAAAAAUCGAAAGCCACGGAUACUCUGAAUCUUGAAAAUAUUAUCAAUAAGUUGCAAGAUAAGCUAAGAAAUGCCAAUGAAGAGGCCAAGGAGCUCAAAAGGAAAAUUGAACAACUUAAAGAAGAAGUAAUACAACAUCAGAAUGCUACUCAAUCCGUAGAAUCCAAAUUGGAGAUGGUGACAACAGACAAAGAAUUUCUUGAGGAGUCGAAUCACAAGGUAAAUCAAGCAUUGGACGAGUUGCAACUGAAAUAUGAGGACUUGAGAACGGAUUUUCAAAUCAUGCUGGAAGAAGUACAACUAAAUAAUCAAAUAGAACAGGAAAUAAUAGCUCUGAUGGAACAUUCGAAUGCCAAUGAAGUAGAUAUCCAAAUUAUUCUCCUGCGAAACAAGCUGUUGGAGAUUGCCCUUACAAGUCUUCAAAAAUUAUCGGCUGAAAAUGAAUUGAAUCUUAAGAAAGAAAUCCAUGACCUAAAUCAAAGAUUAGUUUUAAAUGAAAAAGAAAUUGGUUCUCACGAUCAGCUUCUUCGAAACAUAUCGGUUGCCCAAGAGACAAUUGACUCGUUACAAAGUCAGUUAGAUUCGGCAUUGCAACUGGAAAAGAUGAUUGAGCAUUUAAACAUAGAGAACGAUAGUCUUAAUUCGAAAGUUUCAAGUCUUACAAAAACAGUCGACGAGUUGACCGAAUUGCAUGAAUUAGAUAAGAGUCUCGAAGAAAACCAAGCACUAGUUGAAAAAGAGUUGCGAAAGGAUAUUUAUAACUUAUCUUCUAAAAUAAUGAAUAAUGAAAUAGUGAUUCAGGAUCUUGAUCGAAAGAAUAAGUAUAUGGAGUCAAAAAUUUCCGAAUUCAAAAAGAGAUCCAAUAAUAAUGUAAGCGAUGAUGAGAAUUUAGAAGACUUGCAAAUACAAUUAGAAGCAUUACAACUUGAAUUCAAGAAGGCUCAAGCUUCUAAUGAAUCUUAUAGAAUAACACAUGAUUUGAUUAAUUCAAAACUAGAAAUAUUGCAGGAAAACAUGCACUUACCAAAUGCUACAUAUACGACAGUUCUUAAAAUUCUUCUUUUAAUAAAGAUAGUUGUAUCCUCAAUAUCUGUGGUCAAUAAUAUCGUUACAAUGGCUAUUGACAAGGGUGCUACGUAUAGGAAAAGCAUAUUAUUUACUGUCACAAAUCGUUUCUACACAUUGAAGAGCUUUUUACAAAAUGUGUCUGCUUUAUGGGAAUUUAAUUAUGGUCAUGAAACGUACACAUCUGUUGAAGAUAAAUUUUAUAAGAAGGUCUCGGAUUUACAAUUAAAGAUAGAUAACUCUACAACAUAUUUGAAGGAAGGAGAUUAUGAAGGCAUUAAUACUGAUUACAUUCACGACUUCUUAUUAGAAACCAUUGAGCUAAUGGAUUUAAAAUUUGAAGAAGAGGAGACAGGCGUAUAUUUCCUAAACGCUUCUUGUUCCAAGUUUCUCUUAGAGUCAUUUCAAAAUGAAGCUAGCAUAUGCAUCAAAAUCGUUAAUAUUCUAAAAGGUUUUCUUGAUACUUCUCAUGGUAUAAAAGAAGAGAAUAUACCAUCAAUUGAGCAAUUGGAUAAAAUAUCUUCCACAAGCUUGAGACAGGAAACAAAGUUUGACCAACUUAUACUUGAAUUAAAUGAUGCAUUCAGUAAUGGUAAAAGUAUAAAUAUUUCAAUGCUGUCAAUGCCGCAUUUUUCCUCCUCAUUAGCAGAAUUGAACUCUCCUAUUGGUUUAUUGCUGAAUAUUUUAGCACAGAUCGAAGUAGAAAGUCGCUUAAAUAAGAGUUCGGUUUCUAUUGAUGCACUGUUGGUGAAGAAUAUCUUUGAGAAUAAGGAAGUUGGAUCUAACUCAAAAUUCACCUCAUUACUAGAAAUUUUGAAACGUAGAGAUUGUUUUAUGGAGUUGCAAGUAAUAGAUAAUCAUCGUAUACUUCCAGGAAUAUAUUCUUUGCUUGAUGGUAAUCAUAUUGCAUUAGAUGUAAACACAACAAAGAAUGAUGCGGAAGAAGAGCUCAAACUCAUAAAACCAAAAUAUGCUGGCAUAUCUACCAAACUCUUUGAAAAGGAAAAAAUUAUUCAAGAAUUGCAGCUAAAUAUAAAGUUUUUACAAAACAGUAUGGAAUCAACUUCUGUUAAAAAUAAAGAAUACAUUCAGAAUCUUAAAAUUGAACUAGACCAAAUAAAGGAUAAGAAUGAAGAAUCACAUCAAAAAUAUCAAGAUCUAUUGGAAGCUAAUCAAAAAUUAGAAUUAGAAAUAGAAGAGCUACUUGGGUCCCCUCUGAUUAUAGAAGGUGGGGGUAUUUUCAAAAAGUUCGCCAAUUUAGAAACUGAAAAUCAGCACAAUGCUAACAUGGCUUUGCUUGAUGAAAUUAUGGUCCUAAGAAAGCUAUUGAAGUAUAAUUCUACUAAUCAGGAGAGUAGAAAAGAUCCAAGCCUGGAUUGGCUAGAACAACCACUAGUAACCAAGUUUAAGACGAAAAACUCAUUAGAUGUUGCAUUAGGGUUUGAACGGAAUUCUUCAUAUCUCAGAGAUAUCUCUAAAAAUAUAAAACUUGUUAAUAUUUCUAAUAAUUCCACACUAUGGAGACCUAAAGCUACUAUGCCGAAGUAUAUGGCUUUGACGCUAGAAGAAAAGGCUACUAAUUACUUUGAACAGAGGAGCCUUACGCUCUCUUAA